AUGAUGCAUUGCCAUACAACGAAUGAUAUCGACAAUGACACCAUCACCAAAAAUAUUUUAUGCUGUGGCAAACAACAAUUACAGGGCGAUGACUCUCAUUAUCUCAAACGUACGGCUUCUUGUUGUGUUACCCAAUCUACCAAGUCGAAGGAAGAAAAGAAGCUUGUCAAAAAGAUCAAUUGGACUUUGAUGCCAUUUAUUUGCCUUCUCGUUGCUUUACAAUUUUUUGAUAAAACAAUCCUUUCGUUUACUGCUGUUCUCGGGAUUUAUGAGGACACUGGUAUCACGCAUGAUCAAUUCGGCUGGCUGGGUGCUGUUUUUUAUGGCGGCUUUCUCUUAACACAGUUUUCCAAUCAAUACAUGUUACAGCGACUGCCCAUCUCAAAAUACGUUGGCAUGGUGUGCGUUGUCUGGGGCAUUACUCUUGGUUGCCAUGCAGUUGCCAGGAAUUUUGUUCAGCUUGCAGUGCUGCGUUGUUUACUUGGAUUUUGGGAAGGCGUAACGUAUCCUGCAGUAUUCCUCCUAAUUAGCACGCAUUACAGAAGAGCAGAGCAGACCGCUUGGUUUGGUAUCGUCGUCAUGGUGAAUGCUAUGUCGAGCUUCUUUGGUAGUCUAAUCAUGUUUGGCAUUGGUCAAUUGGAUGGCUGGUAUGGGAUGCGAGCAUGGAAGUGGGCUAUGAUUUUUUGGGGUUGCAUCACAGCUGUUUUCGGGAUCUUGCUCUUUUUCUUCCUCGCUGAUCAACCCAAAUCACGGUGGUUCAGGUUGACGUCUGAGCAAGAAAAGAUUGUGGAUGAAAGAGUACUCGACAACGCCGUCAUUCGCAAUACGAAGGUGAAAAGUGAUCAAAUUAUCGAGGCACUUAAAGAGCCACGUCUUUAUGCUUGCUUCUUUAUCUCGCUGUUGCAGAAUUUACAAAAUGGUGCACUCCAAACAUUUCAAUCUCAAAUCAUCCACAGCAUGGGAUUCUCGCGCUUGAUAACGGUGAUCAUGAGCAUUCCAAUCGCUAUAUCAGUUGUCGUAGUCAUGAUCAUCGUUAUACUUCUUAGCCGGUGGUUGAACGAUAUUUGCUAUGUGGCUGCUGCAAGCCAUGCCUCGCUAGCACUACUCGGUAUCGUGCUUUUGAUGGUGCUACCCAUUGGCCCGGUACAGCUAUUGGGCUUGAUUCUUGCUUCAUUGUCUGGGACAUCAUUUUCGUUUAAUCAAACUUUCAUUUCCUCAAAUGUUGCCGGCUACGCAAAGAAGAUUUUCUACACGGGCAUUUCCAUGGUUGCCUAUUGUGCAGGAAACUUCACUGGCCCAUUGUUAAUGCUUGGAAAAGACGCCCCAAGGUAUGUUACGGCAACGAUUACCUAUGCAAUGGCCGAUGUUGCAGUGGUACUUUUAUUUGUGUAUCUUCGUAUCACCUCGAGCCGAGAGAAAAAACGACGGCAAGAUCUAAAGGACAAGGGCCUGAUACCACCCCCACCCCCCAAUCGAGAUGAGUUGGACUUGACCGAUAAGGAAGAUCUCAACUUUGUAUACCGACCAUAA